AAAUGUCAAACCUCAACCGUCCUCUCCUCCUCACCUCUUGGAAUCUUUAAACCUAGAACUGAAAAAAUAAUAAAAGAAAAGAGAAAGUGGUGGCGAGAUCGCUCUUCGAUCUGCAACGCCGACUCUAGCAAACGCCUUCAAACGGAAUGGCGAGUCCCUCGCCGCCGGUGGCGGCGGCGCUGAAGGCGGUGACCCUGACCCACGUCCGGUACCGGCGGGGCGACUCGCUGGGCCACUUCCUGGCCUGGGUCUCCUUGAUCCCGGUGUUCAUAAGCCUGGGGGGUUUCGUGACCCACUUCAUCUUCCGGCGGGAGCUCCAGGGCUUGUGCUUCGCGGUGGGCCUCCUCGUGUCGCAGGUCCUCAGCGAGCUCAUCAAGACCUCCGUCCAGCAGUCCCGCCCGGCCACCUGCGCCGCCCUCGAGAUGUGCGACUCCCACGGUUGGCCCUCCUCCCACUCCCAGUACAUGUUCUUCUGCGCCGCCUACCUCACCCUCCUCUGCUACAAAGGCGUCGUCGGCGCCUCCUCCCCCCACUCCCGGCUCUUCUUUGCCGUCCUCCCGUGGCCCCCGGCGGUGCUCACCAUGUACUCCAGGGUUUACCUGGGCUACCACACCGUCGCCCAGGUGUUCGCGGGGGCGACGAUAGGGCUGGUGCUCGGGGUGGGGUGGUUCUGGAUCGUGAACGGUAUACUGGUGGACUAUUUCCCCGCGAUCGAGGAGAGUGCGGUGGGGAGGUUCUUGUACAUCAAGGACACGUCGCAUAUACCGGAUGUGCUCCAGUUUGAGUAUGAUAAUGCGAGGGCUGCUCGGAAGAAGCUGGCUCAGGAUUGAUGCUGUUACUCUAUCUGAUGACAUAUCAAUUGGUGAUAAGGAGCAUGGUCUAAUCUAGCUAAUGCAGCAGUCUUGGCACUAAGCUCAUGCUGCACGCAUGGCCUGAGUAUUUACAGGCAUGCAGAAGAGAGCUGGGGAUUGGUGUCUAUAUAUCAGGAUCUUGUGACUGGCAGUCCAAAUGGCUUUGAUUUGUUAUUAUUUAAGACUUGAUGGUCGGAUAGCCAAACACAUUGUUACAAUAUUUAACUUUGUGGUCCACAUUUUAAGGACUGCCCUUAGGUUUACAUAUUACAUUAUUCUUUGUCAUUAUAUCCAUUGAUCUUUACUGGAACCCAAAUUUUGCGGUACUUCCAGUUUGGACAGAAAACUUCAAACUAAUCCAUUCUGGUCUCUAA